GCUCGGCCCCCCUGCCCACCUUCGCCCGGCUCACCGGCGCGCUUCUCCUUUCUAACUCGGCAGAAGAAGCCUGCGACGAAAGGCGGCAAAAUAAUGAAGCAGGUCCUCAAGUUCACUCUGGACUGCACCCACCCCGUGGAAGAUGGCAUCAUGGAUGCAGCCAACUUCGAGCAGUUCUUGCAGGAACGCAUCAAAGUGAAUGGAAAAGCUGGCAAUCUGGGUGGAGGUGUGGUGACCAUUGAGAGAAGCAAGAGCAAAAUCACUGUAACUUCAGAGGUUCCAUUUUCCAAGAGAUAUCUGAAAUACCUUACUAAAAAAUAUCUGAAGAAGAACAACUUGCGUGACUGGCUGCGUGUAGUUGCCAAUAGCAAGGAAAGCUAUGAAUUGCGAUACUUCCAGAUUAACCAGGAUGAAGAGGAAGAGGAAGAGGAGGACUAAGUGCACAUGGAUCUGGAAAUAUUUUGUACAUUAAAUUUCCUUCAAUAAAAUGUGGGGAAAAAAUGUUAA